UCGUAUGUAAACGCUGCUGUUUGUUAAAUUGCCUUAGGAAAGGGGAAAGCAGAGAAUUGAAAAAACCUAACCCCAAAGAAAUCAAAAUCUUCUUCUUCUUCGUCCUCCUCUUUCCCAAGCAAUCUCUCUAAACCCUAACCUUUUUCCCCUUUCUCUUCGUCGUCUCGGAUUUCCAUCGGAUUUGAAUUUGGUGUUUGCUCCGGGGACGAAGGCCGUUUUAGGGAUUAGCUUCUGCAAGCGACAACCCGGAGACCAUGUCUGCUGUGGUGUGCGGUACCAAGAGAUCCUUCUUUGAAGAACUCCCGCUUCGCCUCCCAUUGCCAAGCGCCUCCGCUGCUCUCCACUUCUACUUCUCCUAUUAGAUUCGCUGCCCCUCUCAUAUUGAUCACCUCCACCAUUUGUUUCCCACAUGGACCAUCAGCUUCUUGUGAGAGCCCUUGAAGAAUGUGGCAACGACUUGGAUGCUGCCAUCAGAAGUCUGAGUGACCUGUGUUUGGGGUCUGCUGUUGAGAAUCCUGUUGCUACUGCAGAACCAGAGACAAAUUUGGAUCAAGGUUCAUUUGCUAACGAUGGAGAGGCUGCUGCUUCUGAGAAUUCUUCAGUACCAAGCAGCGUUUCUCUUGAUGGUAGAAAAUGGAUUGACUUGUUUGUUGUGGAAAUGAUGAACGCUACCACGGUAGCUGAUGCUAAGACUCGUGCAGCAAGAGCAUUAGAGGCUUUAGAGAACUCAAUUAGUGCACGUGCUGGUGUUGAUGCUGCACAAAAUUUUCACAAGGAAAAUAUGCAACUGAAGGAACAAAUUGAAGUACUUCUACGAGAAAAUACAAUUCUUAAGCGAGCAGUUGCCAUACAACAUGAGCGUCAGAAGGAAUUUGAGGAUAAAAAUCUAGAGUUGCAGCACCUUAAACAGCUGGUAGCUCAAUAUCAGGAGCAGCUCAGAACCUUAGAGAUAAACAAUUAUGCAUUGACAAUGCAUUUGAAGCAAGCUCAACAAAGCAGCUCGAUUCCAGGGCGCUUCCAUCCUGAUGUCUUCUAGCAAACAAGAAUGUAAAAAUCUAAAUUAUUGCUUGCAGAAAGAUCUAAAUUAGAGCGUGAGUGAGAGGAGGAAAGGGAGAGCAGGGAGGAAUGGAGCAUGUUCAUUACCGUUUCAGUUUCCUAUGAAUAGAGGUACUGUGUGCUAAUCAGCGUGUUUGCUUAGUUUGAGUUUGGUCAUAUCGUGAACCUUGAAUGGUUCGACUGCAACCACAGCGAUGUUGUGAACUUCUAUUGUUUCCCUCAUAGCUUUCAAUAAAGUCUUUUAUUCAACUUGAUGAUUUCUAGCA